AUGGGAGGCGGGUUACUGUCUGCCACGUUGGGCCAGUGCUGGGAUGACCUUAGUGGCUUCAUGAUGGCCUUCUUAUUUUGCUUCUUCACAUUCGUUACCAUGUUCUUCAUGCUUCUCAACAUGUACCUCUUUAGCUUCCACAACUUUACUGUUGCUGUGGAAACCUGCUUCAGUAUGAUGUUGGGGAAGUUCCAGUUUGAGGAAAUGCAGCAGGUGUCACGUAUAGUGCCCAUCAUGUUCUUUGUGUUUGUCUUGUGUAACUCCUGGGUGCUCAUCAAUCUGCUCCUCACACUCAUCAUCAAGGCCUUUACACAGGUGAAAUAUGAUAUUGCUAACCAGCCGAAUGAAUAUGAGAUGGUGGACUUUGUAUGGAGGCGGUUCCGUUCAUUUCUUGGAAAGGGUGGCUCACCUCCUAAGACUACUCAAGUCAACACCACUAAGAUUGUUACCAUAGAUGACACACAAAGCUCCUCAUCCGUCAAGGAAUUCCCUAACAAGAUUGAUAAGUUCCUCGAGUAUGUCAAUUCAACCUACUUUGAAGGCAAUCUUGACUUCAAUACCAAGGAUUCCCUCAAGCCAUCUAUAUAUCACAAGGGAUUUGUGGGUAACAGUAUAUAGACUUACUGUUGCUGCCUGUUUAUUCUUGAUCAACAGAGAUCGGAUAAAAAUCAUAGUUGGACGGUUUUAGUUGUUUUUAAAGUUAUGUAUUUUAACAAUCAUAUGUGAUAAGAAAACUAAAAUAUGGGGUUUUGAUCAGUGAAUAAAAAAGGAGAAACUGAAAUGACACACAAUCAAUCCUACACCCAUGGCGUAGGAGGUGUAUUCCCACUGAAAUCUAUAGACAUAUCAGAACACUCCUCUUAUAUAAAACUGAAUGAUCACUACUUCAUCAGCAGCUUUAAAAAAAUGGAAAAAAAAAUAUGAUAGCCUGAAAUUCUAUAACUGAAAUUAAGCUGUCAGUAUGAUUCGUCAUUGAACAGGUAGGAUACAAAGUUUUUGCUAUCACUUGUAAAUAUUGCCUUAAAUUAUUGUAAUUUAGGCCAUUUUAGGUACACUUCUAGGAGAAAUCAUGAUUUUUUAAACACUUUUAUGUGAAAAAAUUAUAUGUACUUAACAUAUUUUCCGAUCUCUGUUGAUCAGUAUGGCUGAUGGUGUGUCAUCUUGGAUGGUUCAUAUUUUGUAGCUUGUCUUGAAGAGAAAAUAUCAUUAUUAAGUUGAAAGAUAUAGAAGUGUACAGUUUUGAACACGCUGCAUCAAGGUAUGAGUGCCUAUAUGAAUACCUCUUUGUUCUAUUAUAUCCUUAUAUAUCUGAUAUAUUUUCUUCCCAAGAAUGUCUCCAAAGGAUGGAGACCAGUUCGGCUAAAGCACCACUGCGUUCAGUGACCAGAAUUAAAAGUUUUUACAAAAUUAACGUCACUUACAAUGAAUACCCACAUGCAGACCCACCAUGAGUAGGUUACCCUGGAUUUCACCAUCCCUCACAACAAACUUCUUUUGGUCCCUAAACAAUCCAGGGACUAUAUUAACAUAGAUUAUUAAAGUUUAUCUUAGAUUAUUGCUAAUCUGUGUUUAUUCUACUUAAAGUUCUUGGUUUCGGCCUUAAUCUUGAUCUUUUAAAUCCAAGUUUGAAAUGAUAAAGGAGCAAAACAGUGAAAUCUUGUAUUUUUCUAUUUUCGAGUUAAUGUUAUCUUUUCACAUUUCUCUCAUAAAAUGAUAAUUAUAUGAUGAGUAUAUGUGUAUCACAAAUAAGAAAAUUACAUCAGGUACAAGGUUCAUGUAUUUUGUCUAGAAAUUUAUAUGUUUAGGUUCUUGAUCCAGCUUUGCCCGCUAUUUCCAUUCCCUUUCCUGCUCUCUAUCUCUCUCUCUCUCUCUCUCUCUCUCUCUCUCUCUCUCUCUCUCUCUCUCUCUCUCUCUCUCUCUCUCUCUCUCUCUCUCUCUCUCUCUCUCUCUCUCUCUCUCUCUCUCUCUCUCUCUCUCUCUCUCUCUCUCUCUCUCUCUCUCUCUUUGUAUAAAGAUGAUGACCCCUACAGGAGACCCAGCUGGUCCAAUGGCAAGCCUUUUUUUCAUUGUACAGUCAGCGUUAUGAGGAAAGAUGUAUCUUGAAAGGUUUCAUCCAUUCAGCAGCA